AGGAAGAGGAGGUAGGAAGUCGGAACGAAAGUCAGGCUUCCAUCGCACAACAGCAAGCCGUCGAAGUUGAUAUGAAAACUUCAAAAUGUUGAAAGAUUUGGUAAAGCAGCGACUAAGUGCCGCCGCCGACGAAAUCUUUGCCCUGUUUGAACAAACUAUAGCGUCGUACGAGGAACAACUUUGUCGAGCGAGAGAAGACAAUGCAACACAACGACCACAGCUCGAGACUGUUUACAAGAGUCACGUUGUUCUCUGCGCCGAAGACAUUCAGCAGCUGAUUAGUCAUCAGCAAGUGCAUCUUCAGUUGCAAGAGGGGAGCUCCAUUUUGGAGCAUAAGGAUCCACUUUCCCCCAACAUCCAGCAACAGAAGCAUCCACAGCCUCUCCAUGUUAAAGAGGAAGAUGUAUAUAUACAGCGGCCCCACAUUAGAGAGGAAGAUUUGGGUCUACAGACCCUCGGUGUUAUACACAUUGAGGAGGAAAGUAUAGAUACACAGCUCCCACAUGAGAUGGAAGGGGGGGUUCCACAGCCCCUGCCGGUUAGGAGGGAAGAUGUGGAGCUAGAAUGUCCUCACAUUAAAGAGGAAGAUGAUAAUCUACAACACCAACACAUCAAGGAGGAAGAGAUGUAUCUAGAGCUGCCCCGUGUUGAAGAGGUGAAAUCUCAGGCCCUGCAUGUUAGAGAGGGAGAGGAGGGGCCACAGGCCUUUCACAUUUAUAACGAAGAGAAGGAUGUACAGCACUCAUACAUUGAGGAAGAGAUGGAUCCGCAGAUACCACAUGUUGAAGAAGAGGAGGAGGAGCCCCAGCCCCUCGAUUUUUGGGAGGAUGAGGAGGAAAUGGAGGAGUCACAACACACUGACAUUCAACAAGCUGUCAGUAACUUCCCACUGACUGAUGGUUCUGUAAAGAGUAAAGAAAAAGAAGACAGCCCUCCCAGAAAGUCCAUGUUUAAUCAGCAUUAUCCGAGUGGAGAGCACAAUACAGGACCAUCACUAGCCAGCACCUUCCCUCCACUCUCGGAGAGUGACAAAGUACCUUUAAGAAGGCAUAAAAACUGUACAGAUGACGAGCAGCUGGAAAGCUUUGCAAAGGAAACUACUCUCGGCAUCAAGAAAAAUUAUCAAACUCGUGGAAAAGGAAUCAUGUCCAGAAGGAGAAGCAGGAAGAAACCGCCGUUGCAGGAUGCAAAAGAGCAUGCAGUCAAGGCACUGGACAAGACAGCAGAAUUGGAAGCACGAUUCAAUGAGUCACUAAAAGGUCGAGGAGUGUUUGCCAAAGUCCAAUUCCAAAAAGGGGACUUUGUGGUUGAAUACAGAGGGGAGUUAAUAAAUUCUGAAGAAUCCAAGAGAAGAAGGACGACAAAUCGCAAGGCAUGUGCUCUCUUCAUGUGUGACUUCCUCUGGAAAGAAAGUACCUGGUGUAUUGAUGCAGCCAAAGACGACGGCAGCCUUGGACGACUGGUUAGUCCUGACCAGAGGAAUCCAAAUUGCAAAAUGAAGAGGGUGAUGGCAAAGGGCAAACCGCACCUUUGUUUAUUUGCUUCGAGGGACAUUGAGCCAGGGGACCAAAUAACAUAUGACUUUGGGGAACAGUAUCUGCCAUGCAUAAAACAGGUCUGGGAUGACCCCAAGCUUCUUUCACAAGUAAAAGUUAGAAUUAUCACUCAUCGUAUAGACUCCUCAGUUUCGGAUAAAUUGCAGAACCUAAAAGGCAGCAAUCAGAAAAAACUGCAGACACCUCUGGAUUCAGAUGAGCACUUUUAUUCCAAUUUGAACGACAAAAGUGAAGAAUCUCUUUCUCAAAGUGAUAUAGCGUCAUCUGCUAAUGACGCAAACAACAUGCGUCUCUCAGGUGACCAGAAACAAAGAUUGCAGAGCUCUCCAAAUGCAGAGAACAUGACUGAUGACCAAGAUGGAUAUGCCACAUCAAAGAGAAAGCAUUCUCCCCUGGAAAAUAAAAAACCCUCUAGUAAGAGACAAAGAAGAUAUUCCAGUAGUGAAUCUAAUUCAUCAACAAAUACAAGCGUUUGUGAACCAAGUAAGGCGAGGGAGACUGGAGCCCUGUCGGAAAACCUUGCACCUGACAUGGAGAAAGAUGGACCUGACUUAGCUUGUUCCCUGGAUGGAUUUUCUCUUGAUUCACUUUCUGUCCCUGGUAUUAGUAGAAGAGAGGAUGGAUCAAGAAUUUAUAACAAAAGGCAAUAUUGUUUCUACUGCAAAGCAGGGGUCAUAAAAAUUGGAAGACACCUGCUGCAUGCACAUAAAGACAAGCAAGAGGUGGCAAGGGCACUGUCCUUUUCUAAAGGCUCUAAGGAAAGACGCAGGUGUCUAGACCAUUUGAGAAAUAUGGGGAACUUUGCCCAUAAUGUAAACGUUUUAAAUUCUGGCAUUGGAACUCCUGUGCCGUGCUACCGGCCAAAAAACAAAGCCCAAGCACAUAAUUAUAAGCAUUGCACAUACUGCCAAGGCUUCUUUCCAAGAAAGUUCCUUUGGAAACAUGUGAAGAUUUGUAAAUUCCUCCCAAAGAAUCUGCCAAAACCUGGCAGAACACGUACUCAAGCUCGUAUACAAUAUACAACUCCACCACCCGGAGUCCAGGAACCGCUUUGGAAAUUGAUUAACGGCAUGCAUCAGGAUGACGUUCAAGUAGUUGUGAAAUCGGAUCCCUGGAUCAUGGCGUAUGGCCAAAACUUGUAUAACAGGCUCGGAGAUGAUAUCUCCAAACACGAGUACAUCCGUCAGGAAAUGAGAGGGCUGGGAAGGUUGCUCAUAUGUUCCAGAAAAAACAGUGCCAUGAAAACGAUGAAAGAUCACAUCCGACCCUCAAAUUUCAUGCAUCUGGUCCAGUCUGUGAAAGAAACAGCAGGAUACAGCUGUGAAACACAUACAUACAAAAGCCCGAGUCUGGCGCUCAGAAUUGGACGCAUAUUGGACAGGAUUUCAAAGAUGGUUAUAAGAGGGGCAAACGUACAAUGCGACAGUAGCGUUUUAAAUGACGUGAGAGCGUUUCGCAGAGAGUAUCAAAGCAAGUGGCACGAACUAGUAACAUUACCUGUAACACUGAGGUCUAAAUGUACUGUCCCUCAGUUACUCCCCUUCACUAAAGAUGUUCAAGCUCUCCAUUCAUAUUUAGAUGAUCAGCGACAAGACCUUUUCCAAAAACUGUCCUCAGACUCAUCAGCAAUGACAUACACAAAACUGACAAAAGUCAUUUUGACCAAAGUCAUUUUGUUUAACAGACCAAGAGCUGUUGAAGUCUCCAAAAUUCCACUUUCUGCCUAUAAAUCCUCCAAUUUGUCACACAAAACAGAAGAUGUGAACUUUGCGCUAUCAGGUCUAGAAAAUACAUUUUAUCAGAAUUUCAAAAGAAUAGAAGUAAAAGGUAGCAGUGACAGGAAAGCUCCCAUACUUUUGACUCAAGCAAUGCAGCAGGCAUUGGACCUUCUUGUCAGAAAAAGGCAGGACUGCGGCGUUCCUCCAGGGAACACUUACCUUUUUGCGAAACCAUUCACUAAGGCAUGCUAUAGUGGAUCUCUCAUUCUUCACUACUUCACCAAGGACUGUGGGGCAAAGAGCCCUGAGAGUCUGACUUCCAAAUAUUUGCAGAGACAAAUAAGAGCCUUGUCACGAGUGCUUGACUUCACCAAAACAGAGAUGGAUCAACUUUCUGAUUUUCUGGGGUAUGAUAUCAGCUUGCAACAACAGAUGUACCAACUUCCAGAGGGCACGCUCCAGCUAGCUAAAAUUGGCAAAGUACUGAUGGCUCUGGAAGAUGGACAUCUGACUGAAAUGAAGGGCAAAUCCGUGGAUGACUUGCACAUUGAUCCUGAAGAAAAUGUUCAAUUAGACCGCAAACGGUUUAGAAGUCUUGAUGAAACUGAUGAAUCAGACACACAGGAUGAUGAGGUCACAGCAGAGAGGAGUCACACAACAGAGCCAGAUGUGCAGCAGGACUCCGUAACACAGUCCACGAAUCAUGACAAAGCUCUGAAGUCAAAAGAGCAAGAAGGCCGCAAGAGAAAGAAAUGGGAUGAUGAGGAAGUUGCUGCUGUGGAAAGGCACCUAAUGUCAUUCAUUAGCUCAUGUCAACUUCCAAGAAAAAUAGACUGCCAAAAGUGCCUUAAGAAGGAGAAAAUGGCUUUGAGAAGUAGAGACUGGAAAUCUAUUAAGUUCUACAUUAAAAAUCGAAUAACAGCUUGUAAAAGGAAAGCUUAAAGUUCAAUUUUGCAACUGUUGUUGUUGUUGCAUGGCAAAAUUGUUGGUUAUCUACUGUUAAUAAAGGAAUCACCCCUGACGGUCACUGAAUAACUAAAUGAAAGUAUUUUAAAAAUGAUACAAAUCGUCUGCCUCAUAGCAGAAUUGCCCAAAUCAUAUUUCACUGGUUUUGGGGGAAAAAAGAAAAGACAUGCAUCAACAACAAAUUGGCCUUUUUGAUUGAUAUUGGUUUGGUUUCUAAAAAGUUGUGAUUGGCCAAGGAUAAAAGCAGAAAGGCGGGAUUAUGCAGAAUUGAAAGGUGUGUAAAGUGAUUUAGGUAAUUGUUUUGAGGCUGACAUUAAGUAAGAAUGGAAAAAAUCUGACAUGGAAUCGUCAUUUAACAAUGAUUUGAAGAGAUAAACAAAUGACACGGGCCUGAAGAAUAUAAACCCGCAAAAAGGGACAGACAACAUCUAGUAUAAAUAAACAAAUAUAUAUUUGAAUUGUCAAAGUAGUAAAGUAUGCAAAUACUGAAUUUAUAAAACCUGUAAAUAUGGAGAACAUGUUUACAUAAAAAAAGGACACCUGUCUACAAGCGCAGGUAUUUUGUGAGAUCAUUUAGACCCAUUCAUGGUUAUGUACUCAAAGUCAUAUGUUCACUUGUAUGCACUAGGUAGCCUUUUAUGUAUUAUAAUUCAAAGCAAUCAUGCAUUCACAUGCAUGGUUAGUUUUAUAUGUCAUAAAAGUAACCCCAAUAUCUCAGUCCUUUGAGCAACACAAAUGUGUAACAGCCCCCUGAGCCCCCCCGCCAAGCCUUUAAUAAGCAAAUUAGCUGGUCAUAGACAACCCCAAUUAAAUUGUUUCUCUUUGAUCAAUAGCUUGAAUGGUUGAACGCCCACUUGAUUGUAAAAUGUUAUUUACCAUUUAUAUACAGUAUAUUGGAGUUAGAUUCUGAGAUGUGUGUGCUUCAUUUAAUAAAGCUUUUACUGAUUGAUUGAGCGCACCCUGAGACGCUCAUUUUUAGUGUUUUCGACUUUUUUCUUAAAGCGGCGCAGCGUUGUAGGUACUAUGAAGGUAGAUUUG